GCGGACACCGAUGAUGGGGUCUCGCGUUCGCAUCGUCUUCCUCCUCCUCGCCUUCCUCUUCGCGCGCGCCGCCGAGCCGAUCGCCGCCGCCGCACCCGCCGGCAGCAGGCACCUUACGAAGGACGAGCGGUGGAUGAACCAGCGCCUCGACCACUUCUCCCCCACCGACCACCGGCAAUUCAAGCAGCGCUACUUCGAGUUCCUCGACUACCAUCGGGCCCCCGGCGGCCCGGUCUUCCUGCGCAUCUGCGGCGAGUCCGCCUGCGACGGCAUCCCCAACGAUUACCUGGCCGUGCUCGCCAAGAAGUUCGGCGCCGCGGUGGUGACGCCGGAGCACCGGUACUACGGGAAGAGUUCUCCAUUCAAGCAGCUGACCACCGAGAACCUGAGGUUCCUGUCGUCGAAGCAGGCCCUGUUCGACCUGGCCGUCUUCCGGCAGUACUAUCAGGAAUCGCUGAAUGCCCGGUACAACCGAUCAGGUUUCGACAACCCCUGGUUCGUCAUCGGGGUCUCCUACUCCGGCGCUCUCAGCGCCUGGUUCAGGCUCAAGUUCCCCCAUUUGACAUGUGGGAGCCUCGCGAGCUCAGGGGUGGUUCUUGCAGUGUACAACUACACCGACUUUGACAAGCAGGUUGGAGAGUCAGCUGGCCCUGAGUGCAAAGCUGUCCUUCAGGAAAUAACUGAACUCGUUGACGAACAGCUCCGGCUGGAGAGUCACUCGGUGAAGGCUCUAUUUGGAGCACAGACGCUGAAAAAUGAUGGCGACUUCCUCUUCUUCCUGGCGGAUGCGGCAGCGACAACCUUCCAAUACGGGAACCCAGAUGCCUUGUGCCCUCCACUAAUAAAGGCGAAGAAGAACAGGAAAAACUUGGUGGAAGCAUAUGCUCAAUUUGUGAAAGAUUAUUACAUUAAAAAAAUGGAGACACCACCAUCCUCGUAUGAUCGAGAAUAUCUGAAGGAAACAACUCCACAUGAUUCUAGUUCUAGGCUCUGGUGGUUCCAAGUUUGCAGUGAGGUUGCCUACUUUCAAGUGGCACCCAAAAAUGACAGCGUUCGUUCUGCAAGGAUCAAUACGAGGUACCAUUUGGACCUAUGCAGACAUGUCUUUGGGGAAGGCGUUUAUCCCGAUGUGUUCAUGACGAACUUGUAUUAUGGAGGCACAAGAAUCGCUGCUUCUAAAAUCGUGUUUACAAAUGGCUCCCAAGACCCAUGGCGCCAUGCCUCCAAGCAGAAAUCAUCGAAAGACAUGCCGUCGUACAUAAUGAAAUGCAGAAACUGCGGACAUGGGACUGAUCUGAGGGGCUGUCCGCAGUGGCCUUUCAGGAUCGAAGGGGACGCUUCGAACUGCUCGUCUCUCGCUGUAGUCAAUACCGCAAGGGAGAGGAUCGCCAAGCACAUCGACCUGUGGCUGUCGCAAUGCAGCAAACCAUCAGUAGGAGCCUGGUAACCGCGGACUAGUGGUUCAUCCACUCGGGAAGAGUGGAAAGAGGUUUGGAUUGGAUGUCCUGGAGCAAACUUGUGUCGGGACUUGGAUUACGUGUUUGUGCACUUUGAAAAGCAGAUAAAGCUGAUGGUGUAAAGCAGCAGUGCCCGGUACCCCACCAGGGUACGUGAUGCAGGCAGGGGUGGUGCUGUCUGUGUCGAUGCCGUCGUCCUUUUCUGGCGUGGCGCUGCAGACGACCGACGUGUCACGGCGCGUUUGGGUGCGCGGCGCGCGCGCGUCAAAACGUAACAAGUACUAGUACCUACUACUACGUGCCAUGCCAGGUGUUGCGUCAAAACGUAACAAGUUUCUCCCUUCCGUUCUUUGUCCGAGCGAGUUUACAAGUACUAUACUACCAAAAAGGCCAAAGCGAACCCGCAAUUUUCUUAUGUAUACUAGUAGUAGUGAACUGCUGCACCAACAUCCGGUCCACGUAAACAUGUGCCUUUUCCGACGUGUAUGUUUUAUUUAAUGGCAUGUGUUCACUUGUGCA